AUGGUAGACGCGUUUACAUGCACUGCUUCGCAAGAUGUUACAAACAACAGUUGUGGAUUUCGUAGACAGUCUCUCACUCCAAAUUUUCAAGCAGGAUUACAACCGUCGGAUCAGAUACAAGAACAAACAUCAUUCGACGUAGCGGGUCGCUGCAGCAUACAUGCUCAUAUAGAAGAAAUUUCAAGAAAUUACGUCCCUACUUAUGUACACUCAAAUUUCGUCCAUGGAAUUGAUUCCAUACCUUUUGUACGAUCAUGUCCAAAUAUGGGUGAUUAUCAUGCAUUCGAAAAUGUUAAUAAUGGUCAUUCAAAUAGAUUAUUUAGUAGCCAGUUCCUGACUUCGUGCCCACCUGCUAUUCCUGAGGUGCAGUCAGAUCUAUCUCAAGACGAGGAGGUUUCUCAUCCAUGUUGCUUCUGCACUUUCUGCGCCCCAGUCAUACCAAAAACACACUGUUUUGAUAUUUGCUGUUUCAAAUCAAAGUGUUUGGUCCCAACUGUUUCACCAUGUCCACCUGAUGCUCUUUUCUGCCUACUUUUCACUGGGCAUUGCAAAUGUCCUUUGUUUUCUUUCCCCCGUCACCGAGUAACUAACGAAAAUCUUAUAAUUCUAAGCAUAAUUCAGUUGUUAUGUGGUUUCGCAGCUAUCGUCCUCUCGAGUGUUGCUUUCACCAAGGCAGUCUUUUUAUAUCAGAUGGCUACAGGAUUAUGGGCUGGAAUAUUAAUGGUGGUUACUGGAUUUCAUGGUCUUCUUGCUGCUCGUCGCCCUAUUGUAUGUGCCUUAGUAGGGUUGUUGGUGCUGUGUAUGGUUGUAAGCUUAUCUGCGUGUGUUCUCAUUUGUGUUUCUGUGGCUGGGACAAUAGAAGAUGGUUUCCUUAGCAGUACUGUUACACGGAAAGGGUUUACACGUGAACUUACGAAAAUUUCACCAAGUCACCGUGAGAACAAAACUUUCUUUCAAAGGCACGACACGAAGUCUUCAUUGGCGGUGUUAACAACCAGAACCCAGGAUUGGUCUGAUUUACAGCUUUCAGACUUUAAAAAUGUCCUGCGUGAAACAUCUGAUACCUACGUGCGCACAUACCAAGUUAUUUUGCACCUCCUUUUGUUGGUAGUCGGUAUUCUAGAAGCAUCGGUCAGUCUUGCAACAUCCAUUCUCUGUUGUCGGUGUGUUUGCUCAAAUUCUCUUAAUUUGCGAUUUCAAAAUUCGCGUUCAUUACGUACUAAUAUAGUGUCAUUCAAUGCUGCUACAGCUAAUCAAGCGGCUUCCGUGCUUCGAUCAGGUGCAAUAAAUGACUUUGUUGGUACUGGCAAUGUACUAUUAGCCCUCGAUUCAGAUGUACCUACACGAAAUUAUCCCAUCAGUAAUGCUAAUGAAGUAGUUCGUAAGCCACAAAUCCACCAUACAUUAAUCCCUUUUUUAUCGGAGUUGAAUCGUCACUCAUUAAUUCUCACACAAGCAGGUACUGGUACAGUAGCUUUAUCUGCCGCUCGUGCAGCUGCCAACCUAUUCGAUUCAGAGAGCUUCGAAACUCAAGAUCGAACUUCAGUUGCUUGCUCCUCCAGCAAUGAACAGUCCUCUAUUCGACAACCUGGUACCUUAAGUAGAUCUAUAUUUCGUCGUCUUAAAAGAUUGCGUCUUAUUCGUCCUAGUGAACCUCGUCCUCGUCUUCUGUAUACAACUCUCCAAGUCCCUAUAAAUGUUUCCAAUGCCUCCGAUUCUUCAUCUAAUCCACCUCCGUUUUCAUCUUCCACUACGAUUGUUUAUGUGAUGCUUUCUCCUACACAUGAAGAACCACCUAUGAUAUUUCCUCCCUUUCCUCCUAGUUACAAUGAGUCACAAAGGAGAUCUGGUUUGGGUGCAACUGUUACCCGCAUUCAGCGAAACCAGCGUAUAACGUUUCAGUCGAACCCAUCUCGUCGCUAUAGGAGACGUUCAGCUGGGAUAUCUCGUCCUCGUUUCCAUUCAUCUAUACGUUCGCGUUUGUCACGACUUUUAUGUCGAAAUGCAUCACAUCAGUCUAAUCUCAGAAUUAAUAACACAUCUCAACAUUCUAGAAUGCAGUGCCACCUGUCUAGGUCUGUCGCUUCUGCUCCGAUUUCUUUUGGUGAUCGAUUCAUCCAACCUGUUCUAAUAGUUGGGGACCCACCUACAAUCAGACCUACAGAAGAGCCACCUCCCAAAUAUUCUAUAUAA